GCAUCCUGGCGGACCUUGACCAAGUGGCCGUAUGUCCUUGAUGGCUCAGCCCACUUUUCAUUUGUUCCUAUUGAGUCUGGAGCGUUUAUCAUCAUUCGAGGACUGCGUCACGCUAACGCGUUAAUCGCAUGGUGUUCAGGUCGGACCCUAUUGUCUCUUCAACGAAUACGACUCUCCACCUCUAGAUACUACCGCCUCUCCCCCGUCCUUAUCGACACCCCGCAGCUCUUCUCUUGAGGCGGAUCACUCGCCCAUGUCCAUGGACCCGCCGCCCAACUCGCGGCGUCUGUCCAACUCGUGGACUGCUUUAACCGCUGAAGCCCUGGCUGGCGAUAACCAAGCCCAAAACCCUUUUCCCUACGGCAACUGGGAAGAGUGGAUGCGGUGGGACGGUACAGCUCAGACCGUCUCGCCCAAACAAUUCAAUAAGCCCUCCCCUCAGCAAUUCAUCAAAGAAGAACAUAUCUCCCCUGUCAUGGGCCGACAAGAAAGCCCCCAAGCACAGCCGACGACGACUGAUCAGCCGUCGGCCUUUACUCAGAUGCGCUCCCCGGUCGAUAUGACCGCUCUGCCAACCAUGGAUGGCAGCUCCUUCACCUUUGGUGAGGACAGAAACAAUGACGCUCAGUUUCAGUUCGAUGACCCUCUAUCGACAACAUCCGGAAGCACCCCCGCCCAGCAAAGCAGCAGCUUCUACUCCGAUCCCCUCGCUUGGGCCCAAGUGCCCCAGAAUACCCCUACUGUUGCCGGUACCGUGUCUCCCUUGACACUGGAGCAACAGCAACACCUUCGAAACAUUGCGUUUACACCCUAUGCUGCAGCCGCCUUUCAACAGAGUCCGGACUCAGCUACCGGUACGAGGCGAAGCUCAACAUCGUCUCCCGAGCCGUCGCGAAAUACUGCAGCAUCCAGCAGCACUAAUACCCCCAACACCAACAACAACCGUAAGCGAAAGUCAUCUGCCGAUGAUGACAAUAUAGAGUCCCCAACGGAGGCCAAACCGGCCAAGCAACCGCCUGUCAAGAAGACAGCGCAUAAUAUGAUUGAAAAGCGAUAUCGGACAAACCUCAAUGACAAGAUUGCCGCGUUGCGGGACAGUGUCCCCAGUUUGCGUGUCAUGUCACGAGCUACUCAGGGCAACGGCGACGAAGACGACGACCCGGAGGAUCUCGAGGGCUUGACACCAGCUCAUAAGCUGAACAAGGCCACUGUCCUCUCCAAGGCAACCGAGUACAUUCGGCAUCUCGAGAAGCGUAAUAAGCGCCUCUCGGAUGAGAAUGUUGCUUUGAAGGUUCGUCUGAACGCUUUUGAAAAGCUUGCCAUGACUGGCUCGAUUGGCAUGAACCCCGGCAUGGGCGGCACGCCGAGUGGCCUCCGCUACCCGGGCGAUCCGUUUGCCGAGUCUGCCUCUCACGCGCAAACAGGUACGCAAGGCGUUCCACAAGGUCUGAUUCAAGUCCCUGAAAGUAUGCGGAGGCUCCACGCAGGUCAGCUUCAACAACACUACACAACCCACCAAGCCGGGUACCCCACCUACCAAAAUAUGCCAGGCCAGCCAGGAGAUGGAGGAAACGCCCAAGGCUCUCAAGGAAGAGGCGGAGGAGGUCUGAUGAGUAAGUUGAUGGUCGGGUCAUUGGCGGGAUUGAUGAUUAUGGAAGGGUUUAGUGAGAAGGAGCAGCGCGGAGACCAGCCAAAUGGACGUGGCCUCUUCGCGUUGCCCAUGGAGUUGUUGGGUUACGGAGUUGGUCAGAGUAGUAUGCAAGGAAUUUUGGGCCAAAGACUGUUGGGAACCUCUUCUUUCCAAGGGCUUCUUCCUCUAUUCAAGAUCCUGCUGGUCGUCGGCGCGCUCAUUUAUGUUUUGUCACCGUCGUUUUUCGAUUCGAAGCCGAAACACAACAAGAAGUCCGUUACCGCUGGACUUUCCGCUGCGCCCUCUCUCGCAUCACCUCUCGAAGUUCGACGAAAGGCAUGGCUUACCGCCAUCCAGACUGUUUGGGUGCCUCGCCAUAAUUUCCUGCUUGAGGUGGCAGCGUUGGCCCUUAAAAUGGCCAAGCUCAGCAUCCGCAACAUGAUUGGCUGGCGAGGAUACGCUUUACUGACGGGCGCCACCGAGGAACACGAAAUUGCAAGAAUCAAGGCUUGGGAAAUUGCUCUCGAUGCACAGCUUGCCGGUGGCGAUGAAGAAAUCAGCAAGAGCCGCUUGAUUCUUACGCUCAUGGCCUCGGCCACGUUGCCAGACACCCCGGCCCGGCUCAUGCUCAGAGCUCUUCACAUCCGUGUCCUGCUCUGGGAGAUGGGCAGCGGUUCCGGUGGCUGGAAUCUCUUUGAUGAGUUGGCUGCCAAGCUUGCUCGUUACCAGUGGAAUUUGGCGCGCAAUCUCCAAGGUGCGCUUGCUAACAGCAAGUUCAAAGAUGUGGAUGGCACCGAAAUCCUUCCCGAUCACCUGGCUGAGCUCCUCCAGAUGGCUCCUGAAGAGGUCAUGACUCGGGACGUUAUCCAGCGGGUAUACAAUCUGGCUUGGAAUCGCGCCACCAGUGAGGGAACGGAAGGCGGAAACGACUACAUGGACAGUGUGGUGGAGGACUUCGCCAUUAGAUCCCCUCUUGACGCGCUUUCCGCCUGGUCAUCCACUUCCAUCCUCAACAAGGCUAUUACCACCACUCUGGGCAGAAGCACUUUUAGUGUCGACGACAUCAAGCCUGGACUCGACCGGGCCUACCAAAUUGCGCCGCCACUUUCGGUCGCACAGACUCGAGCUCUUUUGACCAAGGCCAUUCUCGAAAAGUCUGACCGCAAUGAAAAUAUCUCUGCAGUCGUGCAGGCCAUGUACUCGGAUGCUGCUGCAUCUCUUUCGAAAGACAAUUCCUCUCUUCUAAUGGACAAUCCCACCUCUGCACAUGCUACCGUUGAUAUCCGAGUCGCUGUCUGCUCUGCCAUGGCCCUCGCUCAUCUUCGCAAUGCCAAUUCUUCGGCAAAUAUGCCUCUUCGUGCGACCAGCAUCUUCAACGACCUGUACCUGCACCCAUCAAAGCUUAGCUUGAUUGGUUUCUUGGCGGCCUACCGGCUCCUGAGAAUCUUUGCGAGCCACGAGGGGCUUGCCAAUGAUACCAAGCAAGGCCUCGAGCACGUUGCAGGUACCCUUCGCGUCUGGAUUGGAAGUGAUGCCGCCAAGAAGAGCGGACUCAGCAAAAAGACCAGGACCAGAAUUGUCGAGGAAUGUUUGGAAGUUAGUCGAAAAGUUGUGGGUAUGCAGGAAUCGGUAGAGGAGGGCGAUGCGGGAUACGCGUCCCUUAGCGAGGGUGAGGAUAAGUGCUGAAGUAUCCAACGACUAGGGAAAAAGAAAUAAAAAAAAAAAAGAGACAAAAGAAAAGCGAAUAAUUUUUUCUCCGCUGGAAUGGAGGUUCUUGAUUGGGGUUUUUUUUGGGCUUGAAUGAGGAACGAGGGAUUUUAAAUGUCUAUUGGGUGAAAGGCGCAGUAUCAGCUGGUACUUUUACGACUGCCUCUAUUUUUUAACAUAUGGCGUUCUU